ACCGAAGUUCCCUGUGUUUAAAGUUUUAUUUUGUUAGAAUACUGCUUAUGUGUGAAUGCUACUAGAGGAUGGAUAUUGCAGUAAUUAAGAAUAAAUGUAUUAUUUUGCUUGUGAUAAUAUUAUUGUCGGUUGUUACUGGUGAAGAAAUAGCAACAACACAGCAAACAAUCAAUUUAAAGUCGACGACACGGGACUUUGCGUCAACAUCCCAUUUACCUGAGGAAGCUUCCAAACACAUUCUUAUCGCGGGGAUAUCUGCUGGUGUAUCAAUUAUUCUUCUGAUAGUAAUCGCCGUUGUUGUUCUUAUCCGGAAAAGAAAAGGAUUAUGCAGUCUUUCAGAAGAACCAUCUACAAAAAUAAAAGGGAUGAUGGUGAACAUUUAUACUACAAUGAAAAUGUUACGAAUAACGAAGUUAACCUGUAUCAAUGCCUACAAAACGACAAGACAAGCCAUGAUUAUAUGGAACUCACCACGGUCCAAAAAAACCUUCCAACUGUUUCUACAGCAGAGUUUUGACUUGGUCGAAAUUGAUGGUGACAAGUAA